AUGUACUACCUCUGGAUGGGUGCAGAUAUACUUUAUUUCUGUCAGCAGUUCUGCGUGGACACCUCCGGUGGCUCCGGGUUCGGCCUUUCCAUCCUCUGGACCUUGAUCUUCACCCCGUGUUCCUUCCUCUGCUGGUAUCGGCCCAUGUACAAGGCCUUCAAGAGCGACAGCUCUUUCAACUUCUUCGUCUUCUUCUUCAUCUUCUUUGCACAGGACGUGGUUUUUGUUCUGCAGGCCAUCGGCAUUCCCGGCUGGGGCUUCAGUGGUUGGAUCGUGAGCCUCUCAGCCCUGAAGCUGAACACUGGUGUGGCCGUCCUCAUGAUGCUGGUUGCGACCCAAUUCACGGCUGUGGCUGGACUGGGCAUUAUCAUGCUCAAACGGAUCCACUCUCUUUACCGUCGCACCGGCGCCAGCUUCCAGAAAGCUCAGGAGGAGUUUGCGGCUGGCGUAUUCUCCAACCAAGCAGUGCGCACGGCUGCAGCCAACGCGGCCGCGGGGGCAGCGACCAGCACCUUCCGGGGCUCGUAAAAGAGCCAAGGCUCGUGCGCUGGGAAACCAGCCCCUUUUUUCCACGGGGGAGCAGCUUCACCUGGAACAAAAGAAGAAGACAACAAAGAAAAAAGAAGAAUCUCGAAUCGCGGAGGUCCUUUGUGUGUGCUGUUUUUCAGAAGGCUGUCCUCGCUCCUGUGUAACGUAAACCCGGUUCCGCAUGGGAUUUAGCACUGCUGUCUCAUCCCAUUUCACACCACUUCCUUCGGCGCAAAAGCUUUUCUCGAAUCAAAGGGGGAGAAGACGGGAGCGAGAAAAAAGCUGUGGAAAUCGUCCACCUUGCUGGGAUGGACUCUUCCUUUGCCAGGGCCUCGUCGUGCUCGUAUGUGUGCCCCACUUUCCCCCCUUUUGCCCAAAUGUGGACUUCAUUGUCCUUCCCUUUGCGUCUGCGUUCCUAGCGUCUCCCAGGUUUGCUCACGAAGCACCGGAGAGCAGUUGGGCUUCCUUGCUUUCUCCCUCGAUCGAUCUUCUCGUCUUGGCUGUUGCUGCUUCUAUUAACCAGCUCAGGCUCUUAACACCUGAUGGCCUAUUCUGAAUUUGCAGAAUGCAGUAGCAUUUCCUUGCAUCAGUUUGCCUUUUCGAUGGAUAUUUCCUUCUCUUCUAGCAGCAGCCGCAGCAUCACUUACGAGCAUCCAGUUUCCUCAAUGGGUUUAGUUUAGGAGAAAAGAAGUAUUUGCUGUUUCCUGCACGCUCCUAUUUGAAAACUCCUUUGGCUCCCCAUUUCUUCCGUUCAGUCAGGUUUUUAAUGCCAGGCUGGCCAAUGUUGGCUCACGAAGCCAGUGGUCAAAAGGCUAGUACGGAACAAGAGUAAGUCCCUUUACGUUAAGGUGCUUUGUUUACCACACCAGAUCCAUUUCCUUUAGAUCAGGGGUCCUCAAACUAAGGCCCGCGGGCCGGAUACGGCCCUCCAAGGUCAUUUACUCGGCCCUCACUCAGGGUCAACCUAAGUCUGAAACUACUUGAAAGCACACAACAACAACAACAAUCCUAUUUCAUCAGCCAAAAGCAGGCCCACACUUCCCAUUGAAAUACUAAUAAAUUUAUAUUGGCUAAAAUUGUUCUUCAUUUUAAUGAUUUUAUUGUUUUUAAGUGUUUUUUGCACAACAAAUAAGAUAUGUGCACAGUGCAGUGUACAUAGGAAUUUAUUCAUUUUUUUUUCCAAAUUAUAAUCCGGCCCUCCAACAGUUUGAGGGACUGUGACCUGGCCCUCUGUUUAAGAAGUUUGAGGACCCCUGCUUUAGAUGUUGCGGGCUAUUUCUGUAUUAAUGUAUUGUCGAAGGCUUUCAUGGCUGGAAUCACUCAGUUCUUGUGGGUUUUUUUCGGGCUAUAUGGCCAUGUUCUAGAGGCAUUUCUCCUGAUGUUUCG